GCGGGCGGAGUCGCUCUUACAUCACCAAGAUGGCGGCAGGCCGAAGAUGCCUCUCAGCUUGAGUGGUCGCUUGAUGCCCGUGUACGUUCCUCCGUCCCGUUGGUCGCCGACAGGAUGCGGCGCACCUCUCUCUCUCUCUCUCCCUCCCUCGUACCGAGGCGCCGCGGGCCGCCCCGCAGCUUGUGUCGGGCGCCGCUCUGACGUUGUGGCUCUCAUCUCGUUGCCGCCUACCGCUCGUCGCUAGCCGCUAGCCGCUAGCCAAGCCUUCGCUCGAUCGGGCAGCAAAACAAGCAAGCAUGGAGUGGUCCUGGCUGCAGACCGGAUGACGGGUCGCAGCACUUCCUGCCCGUGAACCUUGGGUGGCGACGACGAGCGCAGACCGAGCCCCGCCCCGCUCGCCCCCCCCCGUUGGCCCUCAAGCGGCGUGGCCUCUGCCCGCCGGCUCGUCGUGGCCCAGAGAUGAGCUGGCUGGGCAGGUUGACGCCACGUGCCGCCCCCGCUGCCGCCCGCCCGGGGCGGGGCGCCGCCCCCCACGAGGCGCCCUCGUGCACCGCUGACCCUGAGACCUGCCUCAUGGUCUUUGAGAACCACUGGAGACAAUUGUGGCGCGUGCUGGAGCAGAGCCAGUCGUCGCGCUCCACAGACGACCUGAUAGCGGUGAGGAACCACACGGACCAGAUGUUCUGCCUCCUGGCCGAGGAGCGCCCCCCCCCAAGCGAGGGCGACCUAGGCGGCCAGGACCAAGACGGCGAGGGCCGAGGCGGCAGCGGGCCCAUCCUGCAGCUGGUGAUCCGCGAGCAGGUGCUGGAGCGCCUUCUCCUGUGGCACCUUGACCGCGGUCCCGACACAGACAGCCUGGGGGCGCUGCUCAAGCUCUUUGAGAUGCUGGUGGGCCAAUCGCGGCAAGCCUUGCUGCGCCGCCCGGCCGUCCUGCGCCCGCUGCUCAGGCUGGUCGGGGCUUGCGCGCCGCCAGACGGCGGCUGUCCCCCCGCGCUGGAGAACGGCCUGGUGCUGCUCCUCAAUCAGGUGUGCGCGUGGGUGGCGCGCGAGCCGGCGCUUCUGGAGACCUUGCUGCGGGCGGCCCCGGCGCCGCGGGGCUCGGGCGACCUGCCCGUCCUCUCGCUGCUGGUGCCCUUCAUCCACCGCGAGGGCGCGGUGGGCCAGCAGGCCCGCGACGCCUUGCUGCUGGUCAUGGCCGCCUCCGCCUCGGACCGCGCCGUGGCGCGCUACAUUGCGCACAACUCCUACUUCUGCCCCGUGCUGGCGACGGGCCUGAGCGCGCUCUACUCGUCGCUGCCCCGCAAGAUGGAGGCGCGCGGUGACGACUGGCACGCCCUGCGGCGCGAGGACUGGACGGCCGUGUCCUCGCUGGUGGUCUUCAUGAACUCGCUGGAGUUCUGCAACGCGGUGGUGCAGGUGGCCCACCCCGCCGUGCGCUCGCAGCUGCUGGACUACCUGCACAACGGCUUUCUGGUGCCGGUGGUGGCGCCGGCCCUGUACAAGUCGUCGGUGGACGAGAUGAUCGCCAGCACGGCUUACCUGGACCUGUUCCUGCGCAGUGUGAGCGAGACGCCCCUGCUCAAGACCUUCCUGCGCUUCAUCCUGCUGCAUCGCCUGGACAACGACUCCAUUCUGGACACGCUGCUCGCGCGCAUCGCCAGCAACUCCAGGCUCUGCAUGGUAUCCCUGAGCCUGUUCCGCACUCUGGUGUCGUUGAACUGCGAGGACAUCAUGCUGCAGCUGGUCCUCAGGUACCUGCUCCCGUGCAGCCACGUCAUGCUGAGUCAGCGGCGCGCCAUCCGGGAGACCGACAUGUACGGGAAGUGCGCCGACAAGUUCCUGUCGCUCAUCCCCGAGUGCUGCCGGACGGCCGUGCAGGAAGAGGAUCCUCCCAAAAUGGCCCACGAUGCGGUCGGGGACUCCGGCGGCGGCGGCACGCCGACCAGACCUAGCACGCCGUCCCGGUUGACCUUUUUCAUCCGCCAGCAGAGCAGCGCCUCGGGGGGGCCUCCCGGUCCCGCCGACUACGAGCGGUCCGCCCCCGACAGCCCGGCACGCGGCGGGCCGCGGCCCACCGUCGCGGCUUUAGAUCGGGGCUACCUGGACUACCUGAAGGACGCCCGACGAGGCGUCGAGCUUUGUUCCUGGGCCUGCCGGGACUGGUCGGCGCCCUACGACGGCGAGAACCCCUGUGCCGGCGCCUCGCCCCCGCCCUUGCUGGCCGCUGCCGCGUACCCCGAGCGCCGCUCGGCGCGGUCCGAAUGGAGCGGCUCGGAGCACGACAGCGGCGAGUGGGAGGUCACCAUCGGCCAAAAUAACUGCAUCAGCCUCACGCCGCGCUCCAAGAAGCGUGGUUUUCAACGCCAACAGCCGCUUGCCAAACCCGUUCCUCCGCACCUCGGCCCCGCCGCGCCUUUAGCCGCUUCCCCACCGGCGCCAGACAACUCCCGCGAAGCCUUGGUCAACGGCGCGGCGGAGCCGAGCGAGCCGCGCCCGGAUGGGGACAGAGAGCUGGAGGCCAAGAAGGUGAAGCGAGACUCAGAGCAGCGCGACGACCCCCAACAAAAUGACGCCUCCGGCCAGCCUUCGGUGGAAAGCCUCAUCCGGGAGCGUCUGGAAAACUCUCCCGAUGACGGGGAGGCCUUCGGCGGGGAGCUGAAAGAGCUGGAGCGGCGCUUGGACCCGGAGGGGAAAAGGUCGGCUCCCGACGACACGGAAGAAAGUUCCCACGGGGUGCUCUGUAGUCCCGCUAGACCUCUGGCUCAGGGCUCCUGUCAGCCGUACACAGGUCCGCUGAUGGCGGCGCUGCUGGCCAAGAUGGAGAACAUGCCGCACAACUCGUUGUACGUCAACAUCCUGCUGACGGGCGUGGUGGCGCGGCUGGCCUGCUACCCCCAACCGCUGCUGCGCUCCUUCCUGCUCAACACCAACAUGGUCUUCCAGCCCAGCGUCAAGUCUCUCGUCCAGGUCCUGGGUUCCGUCAAGAGCCGUAUCGAGGCCUUCGCCGCCUCCCGCGAGGACUUCCCCGCUAUGCUGAGGAAGGCGCAGCAGUACCUGGUGGCGCGCGGGAAGUUGGACCGCAGCGAGCCGCCCGGCGCCGUCCCCCCCCUCCGCCGCUCGGAUUCGCUAGUCAAGAGUCGCAAGCCGUCCCUGAGCGACCUGAUCCUCCGCCACACCAACAGCCCCGCUCGAAGCCGCAGCGCCGCCCAGAUGGCCCUGGCCCACGUGCGAGUGGGCGGCCAGACACUGCACAGCGCUCUGUUUGGCAGCGGCGUGUCCAAUCUGGAGAGGCAGGCGGAGGCGCUGCGCGUGAAGAACGCCGUCUACUGCGCCGUCAUCUUUUGCGAGUUCCUCAAGGAGCUGGCCGCCCUGGCCCAGGAGCACGCCGUCGCACUGCCCUUCGCCGCCACCGAGGCCGAGGAGUAGCCCGAGGGGGCCGGCCCACGUGGAGGAGGAGCGGCGGCGAGACGUUGAGACGUGGGAUUCCAAGAUGCCAUCGAUGCGGAUGGGCCUAGCCGCAACCAGGGCCAGUCGCUCGCCAACACUUUUUGGUGCUAACUGCCAACAGGGCACAUUCAUGACCUUUGCGUCACGGAACACCUUUUCAUGUUGACAAUGGACAAAGGGAAGACGAGCUUUUAAGACUUUGGUCCAUUCACGUUAGUGCUCUUUCACACACACACACGACGCACACGCACACGGAGGAUGAGCAACUCAAAGGGAUUUUAGUUUGGACGCCGCGCUUGUCUCGUCCUUUAUUGCCAAGUGCGAUCGGUCCAGUCCGCUCACUCCCUCGACUGGCCUUUUUUUUUUUUUUUUUUCCCCCCCGCCUCUGCGCCAGCCACGUUUGACUUUGUUCACCCGAUCAAAAGUUUCUUCCAUUUUGCAACUAUGCAAAAAGGUGGAGACAGUCAGGUGGACGUGUACGUAUUGGAAGAAAAGAAAAAGGCAAAUGGCGGAAACGUUGAGCAUAUUUUUGUAUGAUUGUCAGCGCACGUGUGUGAGGCUGCGAAACAAUCUGUCAGCAAAACACUAAAGGGAAUGUUUUUAUUAAUUUAUAAAGUUUGCAACAGGC